UUUCAUUAUUCGUUGACAGCGCUGGAAGAAAAUGUCUCUACAAGCAGAGUAAAACCGGUUAGGAUACUGCAUAAAAGAAGUGAACAAUUUAAUUAAUAGAAGGGAUAGUAUCUUAAACUCGCGAUCCCUCGGGCGACUCACCAGUAAUGCCUAGCACACAAUCUUGCGUUUCAUCGGUAUAUUUAAUCUUCUGAUCUGGAAUGCUGAUUACACGUGUUUUAAUCCAAUUAACAACUGGCAAUUAGUCUGGUGUAGCCUAGUUUGGGUCAAACCCGUGACAUUUGUUUAAUUUUUUAUGCGCGUUGAUCAGAAAUAAAAACAUUAUUUGCUUAAUUGUUGCGGUGGUUCUUCGUCAGGGUGAAAGGCGAGGCAUUUCCCCUCUUACUUUAGCUUACAGUUCCGAGGCUUCCCUUUGUCCCGCUGCUCCCGAGUUUGCAGCUCUUCAUGGCGGCUACGACACCCACAAAACGAGCCGGGCGACCGCGGUCGCAGCUGCCCUCCUGCUACCACGAGGGUUAUCUCGAGAAGAGAGCGACGAAGGAAAAGGUGUUUCGGAGGCUGUGGACGAGUAUGUGUGGAAACGCUCUGUUUUUCUUCAACAGCCACAAGGACAAUGACUAUGUAGAGAAGCUGGACCUGGGCGGGUUCCUCUCGAUGGCGGACGACGGGAGCAGAGACCGGAACCUGGAGGCGGCGCGGUUCAGUCUGCGGCUGAAGGACGGGGAGGUCAAACUCACGGCUCCAAAUCUGGAGUCUCGUGAGCUGUGGAAGGGAUUCAUCUACGCUGUGGUCGAGCUCUCCGUGCCCACCUCCCUGAACCUCCUCCCGGGCCAGCUCCACUUGCUGGGGGAGGUGGUGGAGAAGGAGAGGAGGAGGCGAAAAGCCGCCUCCCUCCCUGCAGCGCCCACCACCCCCCUGUACCUCCCCCUGCUGGGGGAGAUCCCAGCGUGCUUCCAGCCGGUGUCCCGCAGGGAGGCGGAGGUGCUGCUGGAGAGGCACCCCGACUGCGGGAACCUGCUCCUGCGGCCGGGCCGGGACGGGACCUCGCUGGCCGUCACCACACGCCAGGACCUCAACGGGUCAGUGUUCAGGCAUUACCGUGUGUCUCAAAGGGAGGAGGGAGGGUAUGUCAUCGACGUGGAAAACCCUAUCCCUUGUGACACGCUCCAUGAUGUCAUAAACUGCCUGCUGGAGAAAACUUCUGGAACCCUGCAGCCCUUCCUGCUGGAGGAGCCCUACGAGGAGAACAUCGCCUUUGUGAAAUCCAACGAUGAGAACGGAGAGAGGAGCCUACAGUGGGCCCCCAGCAGCCCUCUUCCCAGGGCCCCCGUCCUGCCUCCCAAACCAGGGAGGCAGUCCCAGUCACCAAUCAGAAGCUCCCUUCCCCGGAGGACCGCCUCCGAACGGCCAUACUGCGGCUCGCCCGGGGCCGAGAGGCGGACCUUCAAGCCGCUGCCGAUGCCCCCGGAGGCGGAGCUCCAGUCGGAGUUGCUAAGCGACAGGCUGAAGCGCCUCAACGUGACGGCCCCCCCGCUGGCCCAGACACUAUCAGAAGAGCUCAAACUCAAACUGGAACAGAGACGAGCCAAUAUGGAGUGAACCCCCCCCCCCCCCCUUUUUUUAUUUUUUUAUUUUUAUGAAGCUUCAGCCAAUCGAGUAGAAAGGUCUGUUCCAGAAUCCACCCAAUCACAAGUGACCUUCUACCAGCUUCCUGACUUUUUACGGCCAGCCUGCAGCGUCCCGAGGACUGCCUUGUGUCCCAGUGCCCAACCCUGCCCGGCGAUGGACCGUACCAUUCCAAGUGAUUAUGCAGGGGGGGGGGGGGGAGAGGAGGGGGUUCAUUUGCCCAAACUGACAUUCCGAGAGAUGAUGAUGAUGAUGAUGAUGAUGAUGAUGAUUCCGUGUGGUGGACUGACUUGUUGUCUUCCUCACCAGUGGACACCCCCCCCACCCCCAAAUCCUCACAUCAGCCGGACAGCUUUUCCCGUCGCCUGAGCCUCCCGCUCCGGGCUUUUGCUAGCCUAGCCGCUCACCGGCGGCCAUUACAACUCAAGGGUCGGAGGUUAACGAGCGAUCGACCCGCACGAGCUUUUGAGCGCGGACCCUCCCCCCCCCCCGGCCUGAAGGUGGCGCCUCCACGCCUUUAAGUGACCGGAAAAGCCGCCGUGCGCGAUGUGGCGCUCUCUCCGCGGACGCGUCGGCUCAUGUAUUUGAACUCUGAGUGGCGCAAGGAUUCGUUGUGAUAAAGAGAGCAUUGAUCUGUGGUCUGGCCUAGCCGGUGCUGUGAUUUCAUUUUUCUGUUUCCGUGACACUUUGUGGAAAAGGUGUAUGUACUUAUGUAUGUAUGUACGUGUGUGUGUGUCCUGUAAUGUGGCCGUGGAAUAUGUGGUGUUCGUCGUGAAUGUACAGCUCAAGAGGAAAUUAAAAGGAUCGUUUAGGGUGACGAGGACAGCAGAGGAAGGUGUUUGCCCAUGGCUGUGUGGCUAGGCCCUCCUGUCACUCCCAGGUUUCACACCAGUCUGUGUGUUAGCAGGUUAGCCGUGUAGCCCAUGUUGUCAAAAGAUUUCAACCGGCCUUAACCCUGUUGAAAAGUAGGUUUUCAGUUUUUUGUGGCAGAGGUGGAAAAGUUCAGGGGUCAGAAAGUAAAAGUCCUGCCGUGUGUUUCUCCCACCCCUGAACUCGACCCGCUGAUUUCAGCAAUUAGUUCCACCUCCUGGCUGAAGAAUUGUGCUAUUCCAGCAAAUCCAGGUGAUUGGAACAAAAUACUGGAGAAGACUUUUACUUUCCAUACCUGAAUUGUCCACCUCUUUUUUUUUUUGAACUCAUUGCUUUCAGUUAUCAGUACUGAUUGUGACAUCAGCAUUAGAAUGUUCAGUUAUGAACAUUCCAAUCGCAUAUUUGUGAUCUCACACCUUAAAGGGUUAAUCUGCUGGAAGUGUUCAACUGGUUCAGCCAUACUCCCAUGGUCAGAGUAAUUGUGGUGAGCAGAAGUAUUACAUCAUCUAGUGGUGAGCAGAAGCAUUGCAUCACUUUAAAAAAAAAAAAAAGAAAAGAAAAAAAAACAAAA